AUGGAAACACUUAGCAAUUACCAAGAAUGCAUGCCAGAAACCUCGUCACAUCCCGUGCUACGGGAAAAAAGUACGUACUCCUCACUGAGUAGUUACAAACAUACUAACAGGACAAUCAUUUUUUUCAGAAAUAAAAUCAAAAGGUCCGCAAGGAACGCAAUAGCGUAUAACACAGUAGAAAAAGAAGAUGUGAAGGAAGACGGAAAGGAAUUACCCAGCAAAAGUGCAACCAAAACAGAGAGCAUGGAAAAGAACGGGGAAAAUAACAACCAGAAAAAUGAAGCCAGGCAAAAUAAUGAACCAAAGGAAGCAAACGAUAGCAAUAUUAAAAGGAUAAACGAAAAUGCCGAAAAAAGAAAACAAGGAUAUAACACUGGUUUAAAAGAAGACGAAGCAGAAAUACAAACAACCGAAUCAGCUGGUGAUGGACAAAAAAGUCAAACGAGUUUACUGGAUAAAAUAAUAAAGGCAAAAAAAAUGGGAAAGGGAGGAAUGAAAAAACUUAUCAAGAAACCAACUAUGCUCCAUACCGCAGAUUACAAUGAUAAAGAUUCAACGGAAGAUUUACAAGAAGAAAAAUCAGAGGAAUGGAAAAAUAACCAAUGGAAUAUCUGGAAGAAGAAAAAUGAAGACGAAUGGAAAAUUUUUAAUACAUCCAUUGAAAAUGAAAAAGACAAUUGGCUUCAAGGCAUAGAAAAAGAAUGGCAGAAUUUUCUAGAAGCUAUGCUAAAUAAAUGGAUUCAUUAUAACAAAAAAAUGGACGAGGAAUACCAAAUCAACAUUCUGGAAAAAUCUUCAGAAUGGGAUGACACACAAUGGAUAAAAUGGAUUAAAACAGAAGGAAAACAAUUUAUGGAACAACAAUGGACAAUAUGGCUUGCUCAAAAGGAAGCACAGCUGAACCACUGGGUUGUAAAUAAAUGGAUACGAUGGAAAAACUCGCAGAUUAUCGAAUGGUUAAUGACUGACUGGAGACUCCAAAAAGAGGCUUCAAUGUCAAAUUAUAAAAUUAUAAACAUGCUACAAAGAAAAAAGAGAAAAGAAUGGAACAAAUGGAGAGAGCGCAUCAACAGAGAAAGGGAAGAGUGGGACGCUUGGGUCCGCUCCAAAGAAAAUAUAUAUAUAAAUACUAAAUGGAAUAAAUGGUCUAAAUGGAAAAAGGACAAACGAUUUAUAUUUAGUAAAUGGGUGGAAAUGUUUACCAACAAACUGAAAAAUGAACGACAAUGGAAAGAAUGGGUUAAAUCAUAA